GUUGACCCACUUCACUUCCUUCUCUCCUAACCCCCCAAAACCAAUAACCCCCACACCACGUCCAACCUUAUUUAAACCACAGCCAUCUCUCUUCUACACACAGACACUCCAAACACACAAUACAUAUCUUUCACUCUUUCUAAUAUAUACGGUUAUUCCUAAUUGCUUUCUUUCUUUCUAUCCGAGAUAACCGAUCGAUCUCUCUCCCUCAAUAUGGCCUUGGAAGCUCUGAAUUCUCCCACCACUGUUACUCCUUUCAACUACGAAGACGACGUCGAGCGUCAAUAUGCGGAGCCAUGGACGAAGAGGAAACGCUCCAAACGACCCGGACGCGUCGAGACCGAGGAAGAGUACCUCGCCCUCUGCCUCAUCAUGCUCGCCCGGGGCGGCAACACCGGCGAGAUAACCUCUCAAACGCAACAAAACCAAUCGCCGCCGCAGCCGCCGGCCUUGAAGCUUUCUUACAAGUGCACCGUCUGCAAUAAAGCCUUCUCUUCCUACCAAGCCCUCGGCGGCCAUAAGGCCAGCCACCGCAAGUCCGCCGAAGCCGCCACGGCCAAGAUUACCGCCAACGACAACAAUCACCCGUCAACUUCCUCCUCCUCCGGAACCGCUGCCGUCACGAGCGGCAAGACCCACGAGUGCUCCAUCUGCCACAAGACCUUCCCCACGGGCCAGGCCUUGGGAGGCCACAAGCGCUGCCACUAUGACGGUGGCAAUAGCCAUAGCAACAUAAACGUCAACACCAACGCCAACAGCGGCGUGACCUCCUCUGAAGGCGGCGGCUCCAGUCUCUGCCAGAGCCACCACCGUUGCUUCGACUUGAACCUGCCGGCCUUGCCCGACUUCUGGCUCGAUCGGAAAAGUAGUCAGCUUUUGGCGGAGCAAGAGGUGGAAUCUCCUCUGCCAACAAAGAAGCCGCGUUUGUUCUUGAUGAGUCCGGACGACGUGGUUUCCUCCCAAGAUUGAUUUCUAGAUAUUACGUGAAUCGCAUUACUUUCGUGAUCUUUUCUUCCUUUUUUUAGUUACCUUUGAAACAGUUUAUUCUUUUAGGCUUUGUCUCGAGGAAUUGUUUCUGUACAGUGAAUUUGUUUAUUGUUUCUUAAACUCUCCCCGACAGCUAUCAUUGGUCCUUCAGUAUUUUAUCAUUACUCUUUCGGUCAUUCAUUUACAUAUAUACAAUAAUUGUAAGCUUUACAAA